AUGUCAGCCCCAGACCCAUGGUCGACAGGUCCCAUUCUCGCACAGGGACUGCUAAGUAUAUUCGUCGAAGGUGUAUUGAUCACCCAAGGAGCGCAAUAUAGGCGGAAUACUGUGGACGAUACGUUCCGGAUGAAGACUUAUGUCAUAUCGCUCGUUUUGCUUUCUCUGUUGCAGACUGCGUUCAUUAUUUAUAAGAUGUGGAUGGUUCUUGUUUUGGGAGAGAAUUGGUCUUUGGACUCACUGGACUGGAUCAAUCUAUUUCUGAAUGGCCUGCUCUGCUUCGUCGCCGAGAUCUCAUUGAUUCGUCGAUGUUGGAGGGUGACGAAGAAGGCCCUGUGGUUACUCGUAUCAAUGAUUUUACUCACGACCACGACGUUCGCUGCGAAUAUCUAUCUAAGUACCAUUAUUGGAAUCAGUUCAAGGUCAAAAGAGUUGACGAACGAUCCUUUAAUUUCCACUCGAAGUCCAGCCACCGUCGCAGCAUUCAAUUACUGGAUCUGGAGCUCCUUCGUGUUGGACGGCAUGAUCACUGCGAUUCUGUCAUACUACCUCUGGAAACAGAAGUCUGGAAUAAACCACCUCGAUAAAUGCCUCAAACAUAUCAUCGGUAUCACCUGGGAAUCCGCCGCUGUUCCUUCCAUCACGAUGCUCAUCGCCGUUAGUCUUUACUAUUCCAACUCGAACCACAAUCGCCACCUCGUCCUCUCCUUCAUCCUCCUCACCGGCAAAUUCUACAUCAUCGGGAUAUUCCGCACUCUGAACUCGAGAUCGCGCAUCCGACGAAAGAUGAAGAAUACGGAUAUAGGGAGGACUUCUGUCGCUGAUGAGAUUGACGGUGAUGCGCCAAUUACAGGGUCGGAUGAGGAGUUAACGAGGGUGGAGGCAGGUAUGGGGCUGGACUUGUCAGAUGAGAAAAAGUCAAGUAGCGAGUCUGUAAAAGGAGGAGAGGAAAUUGAAGUGGAGAGGCGGCCGCCAUCACCUGUGUCUUCGUCCAGGUGGAAUAGCGCGUGGUCUGAUGAGUAUACAAGUAGCAAUACUUUGAGGCUUUCUACGUAG